AUGGACUCAACACAGUAUAUGGCGGCAUUCUACGCACCUAGUCCGCCUCAAAGGCCUCAUAAGCCACUAGGAAAGGUUGCUUUCAUAGGAACAGGAGGUACCAUUUCAUCCGAAGGUCAUGACAAGUACGACCUCCUCGACUACAACGCGGAUGGAGGACGUCGUAAACGCCACGAUGCUCAAUAUAUCAUCGAUAAGACCGGCAUCCCUGCCCUUGCCGACGUCGAGGUUAUAAACAUUGGGCCUAUCGACAGCACCGAGAUCAGCACCAAUCACUGGCAUAUACUGGCUGAUAUAUGCUGCGUUCUGGCCGAUGAUCCCGAGAUUCGCGGUAUUGUGAUUGGGCACGGAACAGCAAGCCUAGAAGAGACUGCGUGGAUUCUGUUCCUAGUCCUGAAUUUGAAGAUACGGAUCGUUAUCACUGGGUCUGUGCGCCCUUUGACUGGUAUUUCUUCGGAUGCGACGGCCAAUCUUACUGCCGCUUUUCGUGUAGCCGCUCACCCGGUCCUUCCAAAUGAACCUGCCGGGGUGUUAGUUGUGGCCAACGACGAAAUUCAUUCUCCCCGCUAUGUUACCAAAACUCACACCCUUCGACUUGGCACCUUCAAUUCACCUUGGUUGGGUCCCAUCGGUUACGUUGAUGGCGAGGAUGUUAACAUGGUCUCGAGGCAGGCAAGCCCAGCCAGCGGCCAGUUCCAUCGCAGGAUGCUAAUUGGCGGCCUCCCACGCGUCGACAUCGUAUAUAGCUACGUCAGCGCGGAUGGAACCGCUAUCAAGGCAUUUGUCGCAGCUGGUGCAAAGGGUCUCGUCUCUGCCGGGUUUGGACCCGGUCUGGGAACCAGGCAAGAAACCCUUGCAUUAGAAGAGGCGAUUUCUGAGGGCGUGGUUGUGGUACAGUCUUCGAGACUUGGAGCGGGGAAGGUUGUGGACAGCCAAUGCCAUAGAAAGCUUGGUAUCAUUGCAGGGAACGAUCUCAAUCCGCAAAAAGCCAGGAUUCUGCUUUCUCUCUGUCUCUCUCGCGGAGACGAUCAGAAAACGAUUGAGAGAGUGUUUGGUUGCGUUUAG